UCUUUAUAUAUUCUUUCUGUUUGGUGGGAUGGCAGAACAUUUUUAUCUUCAUAAUCAACGACCACUUUAUAUGGGAAGACGUUUCCUAUGAAAUUACCAACACUAUAAUACUUGUGAAUAUUGGAUAUCUCCUGCUAUCAAUGAUUUGGCUGACCGCUAUAACAUUCUGCUGCGAUUCAAUUGUGAGAGAGACAGAGGAGUUGCUGACGAACUGUUACAUGCUAGAGCAGACUUUACCACUGCAUUCCAAAGAACUGGAAGAGCUGGACAGCUUGAAGAUGCUAAUCAAGAAUAACAGGCCGAAACUGACUGCUGCAGGUUUCUUCGAAAUAAAUCGAUCCACUUUGCUAUCUCUUCUUAGCACCACAACCACGUACUUUAUUGUAGCUUUGCAAUUCAAUUCCCUGUGAAUGUUUUGCACGGAUAUUGUU